GCUAAAGCUUUGACUUCACUCUAUCCCUCUCGCGUGAUUGAAUGCAGCGAUUGGACGCAAAUGUUAUGGUGUCCGUAAGCCUUUUGCGUGCAAGUCCAACAUAUGCAAGGAUACGGAGCGAUGCAUCACACGCAUUCUAGACACUAACAAUUCUUUGGCGUCGACAUUGGCGCGCGGACUAACCUAUUACAAAGAGAAGGGGAAACACGGCGGUGGUUCGAUGACCCACGCCGAUUCCAUCCCCGCCCGGGCGGACCGCACAGUUUUGGUUGCCAAUCCCAACAGACCAUGACGCCCCGCCUUCACCUGCUGUUGCUCUUCAUCUUGUUACUCGCGGGGCCGCUUCCUUUCCAAGGUGAUAGCAGUGACAACAAUGGUAACCGGCUACUUGCCGGCCUCAGCUGCGCAUCGGCAUGGCAGCUGCCCUUCAACUUUUGGACAAGUAAACAUGGAGUAACAAGCCAGCGCGCAUUGGAUCAUGCCGCUGCUCCUGUUACCAGCACCCCUGCUGCAGAUGGGUCCGACGCAGCUCUGGACCUUUCCUCAGCAGCCUUGUCAGAGCCCACACCAGCCUCAGCGGCCGUGUCUUCCUCCUCCGCCUCUUCCGCGGCCGGCAGCAGGGGCCGUGUCGUCUCCAAGACCGCCCGUAAACGUGCAAGCAGCAGCCAAGAAGGCCUGCCGCUAAAGAGGCAUGCGGGCGACGCGGAUGCAGACGGGGUAGCUGCAGAGGACGAGCAGCAGCACCAGGCCACCGCUGCCCAGACCGUGACCUUCAGCGCUGGUCGCAUCCCUGUUGACGUGAACCCCGCCGGAAACGCCACAGCGCUCCUCCUCCUAGACGAAGCCAACGCAGCCGCAACGCUACCCGACGCACAGCUCGCGCUGCGGGAGCUGCUGCUGUCCAAUCGACUGCCGCAUGACCCAACCAAGCCGUACAAACGGCCUGCGGUGUCGUACAACGACAGCGACUUUGUGUUUGCGACGGGCUCCUACCCGGCUCGUUACCUGCUGGCGCAAUCCACGAGGGCUUGGCGGAGGGUCAGGGCGGACGGUGACGGCAGUGGAAGCAGCUUCAUCCGCGCCUUCAUUGCAGUGAACAACACGGAAGACCUUCCGGUGCUUAACGAACGAAAUGCGGCGUACGGCGAGCGCUACGGCUACUUCCCCGACGAGGGCAGCGGGGAGCUGGGCGAGUCCUUCCACGGCUCCAUGCGGGGUGACAGUCGGGCGGCCCUGGCUCCCUUCAUGGCGCACAAGUACUUUGGCGAGUCGUACAAAUGGAUGUUGUACGGAGAUGAUGACACGCUGUUCUACAUGGCAGCAGUCAAGCGUCUGGUAUCCCGUCUGGAUCCAGAUCUGCCGUACGCCAUCUCAGACAACCUGUGGUACCGCACGCGCCACCCCAACCUCUUCGCGCCGCGCUGCCUGCCCUGCCACCUGGCGGUGGAUGCGGACCCGCCCGCACGCAACACGAACGCUGCGAACGCUGGUGGUGGUAGUGGCGAUGGUAGCGGGAUUGGAGGUGGAGGUGGUGGUGAGAGCCGCCGCAGCAGUGGGGUGCGCAUUCCCAACGUGACGGAGCUUGUGGAAGGCUACGGCCGCUUCCUAGUCGGCGCCAGCAGUCAAGAGGACAUGUCCUCCCCCGCCGUUAAGCGCCGCAUGCGCAACCGCGGCUACAUCGACUUUGCCCGCACGCAGGCCCGCCUGGCCGCCCUCGUCGCGCCCGACGCCUCGGUACCCGGCCUGCGCUACGCCCCCCGCCCCGCCUGCCCCUUCUGUACGGCGGAAGCGGCAUGCACGCCUGCUCCUCCUGCUGCUGCCAAGGCCGCAUGUUCCCCCUCGGGCGGGUACGGCGGAGCGGGCGUGAUCUUCUCAGUAGGUCUGCUGCGGCGACUUUCCAUGGAUCGCAUCAAGGCCUGCAUAAAGGGGAAAUUUAGGGCGCCCGGAGGUGAUGCGUUGCUGUUUAUGUGUCUGUGGGAGGCCGGUUAUGCGUUCACGGAUCCCGGCAGUACGACUCUGGCGUUGUACGACGCGCAUUACGUAACGUUUUCGUCGGAGGCUGCCAAGUGGGCCUUACAUGAUCCGUUGACGGUGUUGCUGCGGGGUAAGUGCGAUACGAGGUGUAGGUGGGCGUUACGGCAUGCGGCUUCGCAUCAUGGGCGGGGGCGGCAUUUACAGAGUGCCGCGCAGAGUGCGGCGUACUUGUACAGCAAUAUGGCGUCGUACAAUGCGGCUCACAAGUGGAUGGCGUUCAUGGCGCAGCGGGAUGAGGACUUGCGGGAGGUGCGGGC